UGCCUUGAGUUACCCUGCGGCUGACAAAUGGGGCCUGUGCGUCCGCAAUAAGUCGUUCUUCAGCCCUCCACCGCAAUGCUCCAACUUUUAUCUCCUUACAUACACCGCUUAGAUUUCAUUAUUCCUUCCACAUUCUUUGCUCAAGUACAGCAGCCAUGGCGUUCUCCAGCCUUGUUGGACCAACAACGACCGCAUUGGCGUCAGAUGUCAUCCUACCGGCAGACGCCGAAGACACGAUUUCCUCCGUCUCGUGGUCGCCGACCGCAAACCAUCUCGCAGCGGCUUCCUGGGACGGAAAGGUACGUGUCUACGAUGUCGCGUCAAAUGGGCUGACAAAUGGCGUCGCGAUGCUCAACGCAGAGGGCCCCCUGUUCAGCUGCGAUUGGGCCAAGGACGGAAAAAUGGUCCUCGCCGGAGGAGCCGACAGAAAAGCACACCUGCUAGACUGUCAAUAUGGCCAGCAACUUACAGUUGGCACGCACAAUGCACCGAUCCGCUCAGUGCGGUUCGUAGACGUGCCCAACUCUGCUGGACCAAUCAUUGCGACGGGAUCCUGGGAUAAGACAAUCAAGUUCUGGGAUAUCCGGCAGCAAAACCCAGUAAUCACUCUCACCUGCCUCGAGCGUGUUUAUGCCAUGGAUUCGAAGGCGCAGUUACUAGUGGCGGGCACGGCAGGAUGCAAAAUCCAUCUGGUGGAUCUAGCAAACCCCACGGCUUUUGCCCGCACUUUGGAAUCUCCCCUCAAGCAUCAGACGAAAGCCGUGGCCGCCUUUCCUGACGGCAGGGGCUGGGCUACGGUGAGCAUUGAGGGUAGGUGUGGAAUCAACACGACUGCGGAGCGGGACACGCAUAACAUCAACUUCACAUUCCGCUGUCACCGCGGAUCACAGGACGCCAAGAAGGUGACCCAGGUAUACGCCGUCAACGACGUGCAGUUCCACCCGGUCUACGAUACGAGUUUCAGCACAGUUGGCUCGGACGGCAUGUUCCACUUCUGGGAUCGUGUCGCCCAUGCGCGACUGAAGGCUUACCCCGAUGUUGGUGGUUCUAUCACUACCUCCAGUUUCAACCGUGACGGCACCAUGUUUGCUUAUGCUGUAGGCUAUGAUUGGAGUCAGGGUUGUGCCUCAAACACCCCCAACUAUCCAAACAAGCUUAUGCUGCAUGCGGUUACGGAAGAAGAUGUGAAACCGAAAAGCGUGAAGAGAUAGGCAAUGAUGGAUUAGAUCGCCUGACAAAUUGGCCUGGAGAAGAAGAGGAAAGAAAUUGGCUCGAAGUGUCUAGGACAUGCGCUAAAUUGGCAAUCUUGUAUCACGGGGGAUCUCAUUUGUCUUGGUCUGGUAUAUGUUAGUCCCCCAAUAAUUAGGGGACACGAAGACGGAUUUAGGUCGGGCGAUCUAAAGGAUACCAUAGGAGGAAACGCGCUCAUGUAGAGCAUAUCUAAGGACUAGGAACUAUUACACAAAACAAAUCAAAUGCAAAGGGUAU